GAGAACCACAUCCAUGACAAGCUGGUAUCUCUUAGUUUGCUUCAGAAAGACUUUGUGCCUUUUCUGCUAAAUUUUUUAAGGGAGCAGACCAGCCAGAUCCUGACUAAUGGACCCUCUACGCCUGCUAAAACUCCUAAUUCCAAGGCCCAUGGGAGCCAAAGGACAGGAUCGGAAAGGAGGGCAGGCCACACAACCAGCAGUCGAGUGCAGCUCUUUUCCCAAAGGACUUCGGUGACCACCUGCACUGCAGAUACCAGCUUUUCUCCUGCUGCGGCAUCCAGCAGCUCUUCCUUUUCUGGGUCAAACCUGUCUAGCCCUUGUGGUGACUUCCCUAGCACAGUCUCAAGUAGCAGCCCAAGCUUUGGGUAUAGCCCUGUGCUUAACCACGGUGAGAAGCGGUCAUCUCAGAAGGCCAGCUUGGGGAGCUUCCUUACAGCCACACCUGAAGCCCUGCCAGCAAGACGAGGCCGAAGGAAAGGCAACAGCUCAGUCGGUGCCUCUGGCCGGCAGGUACCUCGGGAUCUGGGGCGUUCCCUUGCCGAAGAGGAAGAUGGAAAGAAUGACAACGUAUCGUGGAGUGGAGGGAGAAGGAAGCGGAGUGAAGUGCCUCUUGUUUCUGCCAGAUCCUCACCCGGCCAGCUAAAUCUUAACAACUUGGAGGAGUUUCCACCCAUGGGUGCUGCCUCUGGCUGGACAAACAAAAGCAAACCAUCAAGGCGAAUCAACCCAACUCCUGUAAGUGCUGAGCGCCCCCUCUCAAAACCAAAGAUGUGCUUCACUUCUACGCCUGUCAGCCAGUCUCCAGCUGCUCGGUUUUCAUCUGGGUCAAGCCUUGAGGCCUUUACUGCUGUCCAGGAAGGAAACCUAACACCUGUGAUAAGCAACAGCCUUCAAGAGGAGAGGGAAAUGCUGAAGAAAGAACGAUGCAAAUUGCUGCACCAGGCGUCCUCUCCUGCAGGGAUGUCUCUUGAUCCUGGUACUCCUACUAAGCCUAGCUACACUCGCAGUGCUAGCCUUCCUGCUACCUGUGCAAAUCCUACUAAGGUUUCCUGCAAGAAACAGUUGGAGUGUCUGGCACAGCUCUAUUCAUCGUGUAUAGCAGAAAACCUGGUACCAAAUAUUUUUCUGGAGCUCUUUUUUGUUCUGCAGCUGUUGACAUCUAAAGGCACUUCUACUGCAGAAGAUGACGAUAGUGACCUUGAAGUCAAGGAAAGAAGUAAAGAUGCAUCAGGGAGACAGCAUUUCCGAAGUGUGCAUAAUUGUGUUUAUUUUGCUGUUCAAGUCUUGGAUUAUCAGUAUGAAAUUAUUUGCCGUUUAGAAAAGGGGAUGCUGAAGCUUUUGGCUGAAAAUGAACGGAUUGCAUCUUUUUCUCCCACCUUGCACGAGAGGCUCAGGCAGGCUUAUGAAAGCAGCACAGCCAAGGUGUCUCUCCUGCUGCCAUGCUCUGUACAGUCUGUUUCUUUCCAGCCAGAAACUGACAAUCGCUCUAACUUUCCCAGUGACAGAGCAUUUCACAUAUUUAAGAAGCAAAGGGAUAUAUUUUAUGAACUGCUGCGAGAAUGGGAGGAUAACCAUGAAAAAACUGGCUGGGACUUUGAAAGAGUUCUGGGCAACAAGAUCAGGGCCAUGAUGGCUCACCUGUCUGCAACCUGCAACCACAGCCAUUUUGCCAGGCUCUUUCAGAAACAGCUUAUCCAGAUGUGUAAAGGUCCUAUUGGUGGUGGCACAAGCUGGGGAGACACCCCAGACCAGGAUGUCCUUAAUAUGCUGGGUUCUGAUAAUCUGAGCCGUUUGAAGAGGCUGCAGGAAAGAUUUGUUGUUCCUCAGAGCAUCAGAGGACCUUGUCCACCCCCUUCAUUCCCAGGGUGCCAGCAGUUCUUCAGGGACUUCAUCCUCAGCGCAGGAAGUUACCAGUUCAAUCAGCACCUGAUGGAUAGUCUGUGCCUGAAGAUACUGGAGCUGAAUGGCCUUACUCUGGUGGAGCAUGAGCACAGCGAUGGGGAAGCAGAUAUGGAUGAACAGGAUGAAAAGAAGCGUUUCACUGUGGUCCUGUUAAGCCUACGACUCCUCGGCAAAUUCCUGGGGUUUCUUGUUUUCUUGCCGUAUCGCGCUGUGGAGCAACCAACUAGAGACUUGCAAGACUCUGCAGUAGCGUUAAGAAACCAGACCCUGCCUGUUCUGGAUGUACUGAAGCUUCUGAGACAAUCUAUUCGGGAUCAACGUUCUAUCCUCACUAUUCCUUGGAUUGUAGAGUACCUUUCCCUUGUGGAUCAUGUUGCUCCUUUCCUUGAUUACUACAGGAAAGUAUUUUGUCUCUUGCUGCAGAUAUACAGGUUAAUGGUUCUUUCUGAAGAUAAGGAGAUGAGUUUCCUGAACAAGCUGCUGAUCCUUGCAGUUCUGGGAUGGCUUUUUCAGGUUCCAUCAGUCCCUGAAGAGUUGUUUUUUACCACCGAUGUCAGGCAGGAGGGAUUAAUGAUGGAUACUGUGACAUCUGCCCAGGCUUUGGACUGUGUACCCUUGGUGGAUCAGCAGUUACUUUAUACCUGCUGUCCGUAUCUUG